AACGAAUGAAGGCCGCGAUCUCCACCAGGGGCCUGGGACGCAGCAGCGCCGCGGGGAGAGUCGAACAGCUAGUUCUCCACAGCAGGAAGUGCAGGUCGGAGCGGUAACUGCCCUAGGAGCGCGGCGAGGAGGCAGAGCGCGCCCGCGCUUACCGACUCCCGAGUCGGUCCCUCCCAGCCCCGGCCUCCUCGCCUCAGCCCACGGGUCUCCCCAUUCUUCAGGCUACCCUCACUGCAGAAUUAGGGGGCGGCCGGCUCCGCCUCUGCCCCUUGGCAGCCGGAACGCCCCUUCCACUGAUUACCCUAUCCCAGCCCUGCGUGAGCGUCCCUCUAGGCAUCUUCUUGUAGGGGUUCUCCCUUCGUCCUGAGGCUGCAGGAUGGUGUCCUGGAUGAUCUGUCGCCUGGUGGUGCUACUGUUUGGAAUGCUCUACCCAGCUUACGCUUCCUACAAGGCUGUGAAGACCAAGAACAUACGUGAAUAUGUGCGGUGGAUGAUGUACUGGAUAGUCUUUGCGCUGUUCAUGGCAGUGGAAACCUUCACAGACAUCUUUAUUUCCUGGUUCCCUUUCUACUAUGAGAUAAAGAUGGCCUUUGUGCUAUGGCUGCUCUCGCCCUACACCAAAGGGGCCAGCCUGCUUUACCGAAAGUUUGUCCACCCAUCCUUAUCCCGUCAUGAGAAGGAGAUUGACACCUGCAUCGUGCAGGCCAAGGAGCGCAGCUAUGAGACGGUGCUCAGCUUUGGGAAACGGGGCCUCAACAUUGCUGCUUCAGCCGCUGUACAAGCUGCCACCAAGAGUCAGGGUGCACUGGCCGGAAGGCUACGGAGCUUCUCCAUGCAGGACCUGCGCUCCAUCCCUGAUGCCCCCGCCCCUGCUUACCAGGAUCCCCUUUACCUGGAGGACCAGAUACCUCGCCGCAGGCCACCCAUUGGGUAUAGGGCAGGGGGCCUGCAGGACAGCGACACUGAGGAUGAGUGUUGGUCAGACACAGAGGUAGUCCCCCAGCCACCUGCCCGGCCCCGAGAGAAGCCUCUGGGCCGCAGCCAGAGCCUGCGUGUGGUCAAGAGGAAGCCACCCGUUCGGGAGGGUACCUCGCGCUCACUGAAGUUUCGGACAAGGAAAAAGACCGUUUCUUCAGACAUGAACAGCUAGGGUCUUCAGAGCCUGGCUCAGUCUUACCUCUUGCGUUGUGGAGCACCAGGAGCUGUCGGAAAGGGACCUCUGGCUGCAUGUCUGACCUGCCUGCACCAGCUGCUCAAACUCUGCCCCCUUGGCUCCUACUGGCUGAGGGCCGGGUGCCGCCAGGGGUACCAAAGCAGCUGGGCCCAGGAUUCUAUUUAUUGUCUUUCUCAUCCUUAACCUUCUGGGUGGGUGGGACCAGAGCCCUUUCCAAACCUCUGCAAAUGAAACCAAAAGUCCACCCAGCUGUGUUCAUUCCUUCCUGUCCUUCAAAGUACUUGACAGCCUCUUCCAAGGCCUGUGUGUGUGUGUGUGUGUGUGUGUGUGUGUGUGUGUGUGUGUGUGUGUGUGUGUGUUUGUCCUGGUUGUAUGUUUUGGUGAAUGGGGUCAUGUUUAUGCAAGUUUUGGUAAAUAAACAAAUAAAAGUCUGUUUGUCCUGGUUUGUA